CCCCGUGCAUCCCGGACAGAGCCGAGCAGGCGCACCGGAGGCUAACGAGAACGCUCCGGACCGGAGGGAGCUAGACACCGGGGGAGAGCGCGGCAAACUUUAUUUUACACUUUGAGGAUUUUGAUAGCGGAGAAGGCGGGAGGCCGCUCGGGCCGCGGAGGAGGACGCGAGCCGCCCCGGGGCUCGUGGAUCCACGUCCAUAAACAUUGCGGCUAACAGCUAGCGGCGGGCUGCUGUAAUAUUUACAGCCAGCGUUUCUCCUUCACGCAGCUCACAGGAAGACCACAGACAGGGAGACAUGUGGCCUUCAGAGAGGCGCUGACCGCCCGACUCUGGUUCAACGCCGCCAUGGAGUCGUCCUCCGAGUCGCAGCAGGAGCCUGAGAAAACUUUGCACCAUGCAGAGUUGAGAGAGCAGCAUGCCACCUCCGCUGCCGUGGUGAGCGGGGAUGACGCCGUCCUUCUGACCCCAGGCAGGAUGAGCCAGCGCCAGGCCAAGGAGCGCGACAAGGAGCGGGAGAAGGAGGCGGGCCUCCAGACGCCCAGCAGGGAGCUCGCCGCCUCGCCCUCCGCCCUCAGCCCGGGGGUCAGCUACAGCCACGGUUUCGAGAGAGGGAAGGAGGACCUCUUACCGCUGCCUUUGAAGGAGGACUCUCAUUCCAUAUCGAAGAGCAAGUCUGAAACGAAGCUGUACAAUGGCUCCGAUAAGGAUGUGUCGACAUCUGGAGGGAAGCUCACCAAGAAGGAGUCCCUCAAGGUGCAGAAGAAGAACUACAGGGAGGAGAAGAAGAGGGCGACCAAGGAGCUGCUCAGCACCAUCACCGACCCCUCGGUCAUCGUCAUGGCCGACUGGCUGAAGAUCCGGGGGACCCUGAAGAGCUGGACCAAGCUGUGGUGCGUGCUGAAGCCGGGAGUCCUGCUCAUCUACAAGACCCACAAGAACGGCCAGUGGGUGGGCACGGUGCUGCUCAACGCCUGCGAGCUGAUCGAGAGGCCCUCCAAGAAGGACGGCUUCUGCUUCAAGCUCUUCCACCCACUGGAGCAGUCCAUCUGGGCCGUCAAGGGACCUAAAGGAGAAGCGGUGGGCUCCAUCACACAGCCGUUACCCAGCAGCCACCUCAUCUUCAGAGCCGCGUCCGAGUCUGAUGGCCGGUGCUGGAUGGACGCCCUGGAGCUGGCCCUGAAGUGCUCCAGCCUGCUGAAGAGGACGAUGAUCCGUGAGGGAAAGGAGGACAUGAGCACGGUGACGUCGGCAGGAGAGCACUCCAUCAACUUCUACAGCCUGCUGCGAGCGCACAACAUGCACGGCUUCCAGUUCAACGACAGCGACCACCUGAAGGACCCCGACCUGUACUCGGACAAGUCGGACCGCGAGGGCGAGCAGGACCACGAGGAGUCGGACCCCGAGGGCCUGGAGAAGAGCGAGGAGAGCGACAGCGACACGUCGGAGCGGCAGGACGACUCCUACAUCGACCUGGACCCCAACGAGCACCUGAGGGAAACGCCGUACCUGGAGCAGUCGCACGAGGAGCUGGGAGAGGCCGGUGAGGCGGCGCAGACGGAAACGGUGUCGGAGGAGAACAAGUCUCUGAUCUGGACUCUGCUGAAGCAGGUCCGACCCGGCAUGGAUCUGUCCAAGGUGGUCCUGCCCACCUUCAUCCUGGAGCCGCGCUCCUUCCUGGACAAGCUCUCGGAUUACUACUUCCACGCAGACUUCCUGUCAGAAGCUGCGAUCGAAGAGAACGCCUACAACCGCAUGAAGAAGGUGGUGAAGUGGUACAUCUCUGGGUUUUACAAGAAGCCGAAGGGGCUGAAGAAGCCUUACAACCCCAUCAUCGGAGAGACGUUUCGCUGCAUGUGGCUCCAUCAGAAGACCAACAGCAAGACGUUCUACAUCGCGGAGCAGGUUUCCCAUCAUCCUCCAGUGUCGGCCUUCUACGUCAGCAACAGGAAGGACGGGUUCUGCCUCAGCGGCAGCAUCCUGGCCAAGUCCAAGUUCUACGGGAACUCUCUGUCGGCCAUAUUGGACGGGGAGGCUCGGCUCACCUUUCUGAACCGGGGGGAGGACUACGUGAUGAACAUGCCGUACGCUCACUGCAAAGGGAUCCUGUACGGGACCAUGACCCUGGAGCUGGGGGGGCAGAUCACCAUCGCCUGUGAGAAGACGGGCUACAGCGCUCAGCUGGAGUUCAGGCUGAAGCCGUUCCUGGGAAGCAGCGACAGCGUCAACCAGGUCUCCGGAAAGAUCAAGCUGGGGAAAGAAGUGCUGGCCACACUGGAGGGACACUGGGACAGCGAGAUCUUCAUCAACGACAAGAAGACGGGGACCAUGGACACGUUCUGGAACCCGACCCCGGAGCUGAGGCAGAGCCGGCUGACCCGCUGCACCGUGCCGCCGGAGGAGCAGGGCGAGUACGAGUCCGAGAGGUUGUGGCAGCACGUGACUCGAGCCAUCAACAGCAAGGACCAGACGGAGGCCACCAACGAGAAGUUCAUCCUGGAGGAGGCGCAGAGGAAGUCGGCCCGCGAGCGCAAGGCCAAGUGCGAGGACUGGAUCCCGGCGCUGUUCGAGCAGGACCCCGUCACCGGGGAGUGGCAUUACCGCUACGCCGACACGCGGCCGUGGGAUCCGCUCAACGACCUGAUCCAGUUUGAGAAAGACGGUUGUAUCCAGACCAAGGUCCGGCACCGCACGCCUAUGGUACGUUCUGGCAGUCUUAUUAGUCUGAGUAACCCGGGCCCACGGAGGGACAAUUGCAAGUGCCAGGUCACGGUGCCAAAGAGGAAACAUAAGAGCGACAAACCGAAAAGCCCCGAGAGCGGCUGCUCCUCCCCAGAGCCCGACCGGCAGGACUCGUCCGGCAGCGAACGACACAAGAGCAAACACAACAGCCGUCUGAGGAAGAAAGGAGCCGACCUCAGUGAACUUCAAAGUGCCAUUGAAUCCAUAAAGCAGACGCAGGAGGACAUCAACAGGAGCGUGGGCGUGCUGCGGAGCCGAGCGGCCGGCCGGGCGGAGGGCAGCUCCUUCCUCCAGCAGCGGGACUACGUGGUCAUCGCCCUCCUCAUCCUCCUUCAGGUCUUCAUCAACUACAUCUUCAAGUAGCAGCCAUAGCAUACACACAUGCACACACACACACACAUGCACACACACACACACACACACACACACACACACACUGGACGUGGCUCCAGCGCUCUUCUUCUUCACACACGUGUCCCGAGCAGCAGACGCUCCCGAGCGGCUCUUAUUUAUCCGUUCAUUCCAAAACUCUGGAGAGAUCCUCAGAUUUCAAAGCAGCGAUGAAGAGGAGGAGGAGGAGGAGGAGGAGGAGGAGGAGGGGGCGGAGCCUCCACUGCCACUCUGGAACUUUCUCCAUUUGCCUUGACGUGCGAGGCGGAGACGGCAGCCAUGUUUCCCGUCCGGUGGAGCGAGCCGCUCUCCACCGACUCACAUUUCACCUCAGAGGACGAUUGUAGAAACCGACCUUUCAUUUUAACCUGUGUGGUUUUUUGUUUUUUUUAAAUGGACGACGAGGGGCGAGGAGCAGCGCUGCAUGAUUUUUAUUUUUUUACUCUGGGACACUUUGUGCUUGGGAGGAGGAGGAGGACUCGCCGAAGGAGUGGGAGCCGUCGUCUCUCCUGUAUUAUAGAACUCCACCUUCUUGCAUUCGAGUCGCGGUUUGAGUCCGGACUCCGUCAGGCCGGACGUGGUGUACUGUAGGUGUCCGGAGCAGACCGGAGCUCGUGUUCAGGGUCCAGGUCUGAAGGCACAAACGCACUGGAAGGGUCCUCCGCUCCCGCAGGGGGCGCUCUCGUCCAGAAAAACCCAAGAAAAAGAAUUUUUACCCAUUUUUUUAAUGAACCGCAGUGAUCACUGCCCCGAGCUUCAGGUCGAAGGUGCCGGUUGGUUUUUAAACGAAAGAACAAACUGAACGGAGAAGACGAUCCUGCUAGCAUGAAGACGGCGACGCGUUCCUGCACUUCACUCAGAAGUAGCCACUUUUGUGUGGAGUCGGUCUGUUCGGCACGUUAAAGUGAGCAGAACAGAUUCUCAGCGUCUCCUGGAAGCAGGAUCCGGGGUUUCGUCCCGUCGCUUCACCGUCUUCACGCUCAGGAGAAUCUUCAUCCGCGAAGCCAAGGUGUGUGUGAGGACCCCUGGUGGCCGGAAGCGGAACCGCUCCGCUUCAGGAUCUCAGUCGUUUCAGGUACGAUGAUUGUUCAGAACACUCCUUCUCCACUCCAGAACCACACGUUUUAGCUUCAAAACAGUUUGUGAUGGAGCUUAAAGGGGGGAUUUUUUUUCUUAAAAAGACGUUUUGGGACCAAACCGCGUUCCUCAGUCCGACGCCGAGCCUCUUUUCGUCUCUUCCAGUGCUUUUGAGCCUCACGUGUUAACCAGGAAAAACUAGAAUAGACUCUAUUACUAGUAGCGCCACUAGCUAGCGGAGGACGUAGCCUCCGUGUUCCUAACCGUCUCCAUGGUAACAGCAUUCCAGUCGCUCCUGUUCACUGUGUAAAUAUCCUGCCGGGCGUCGCUUCCCUCAUCCAGACACACACUCCGGUCCAGCCUCGCGUGUGUGUCCGCUCCGUCGGGGGGAGAGGCCGAGGCCUGCGGCCGUCACCUUUGACCCGGCGGGAGUCCAGGGGUCUCGGGAGUCUCGCUCCUUCCUUUUUCAAACUAGCUGAAACAUUUCAAGUUGUGACUUUUUAACUGUGAAACUCUGUGGGUUCCCGGACGCGGGGCGUUGCCACGGUAACCGGGCGGACGGGGUUUGGGUGUAGCAGCGCAGGGUGACGGCGGCACGCCGGGGUCCUCCUCCACGUCUGUCGGCGAGCAGACCGGACCGACCCGGUUUCCUCUCCUCCAUCGCCUGUCUCGCUUUUAGCCUUGUCGACGUUUACAUAUCCGGUUGCCUCGAGAAGCGAAGGACUCGGUAGCAUCUUGGCGGGAGCCGUGUACCCCCCCUCCCCCGCCCCCCCCCCCUCCGUAUGUUACCCGGCUGGCCCGUGUGUAUCUGUACAUCGGUUUGUUUUGUUGUUGUUUUGUUUGUUUUUUGUGCAUCCUCAUUAUUGCCUCGUCUUUCACGGAGAACCGGAAGUCAGAAUGUGGAGAAACCAGUUCUAAACCAGUGCCUUGUAGAGUCGGACCCUGUGGGGGGGGGGGGGGGGGGGGGGGGGUCGUCUGGGGGGGCGGUUGGACUCCGUAGCGGUGUUAGCGGUGGAGAGCGGACGUGCCAUACGAAGCCUUAGCUCCGAGUCUGGCUCGACGGGUCACCCCCACCCCCCCACUCUAAGCCCCGCCCCCUCCACCCCCCCCACGCGGAGGUGUCUCUGCUGAUUCCUGCCACCGUCAUUUCUCCGUCAGUCUCUCCACCUUCAGAGGGAACCACGUCCGCCGCCGUCGCUCAGCUGUAAAAUAUUUUGUUUUAUUUAUUCCUCUUUUCUACAUGGGUUCAACUUUUAACUAUUUUUUUGUUGUUGUUGUUUUUGUUGUUGUUUUCAUCACAGUUUAGAUUUCGAUGUUUUUUUUUUUCUCCUUUUAAUUUUUUUUGUUUUUUCCAUUUUUAAAUCCACUCACAAACGUCUGUUUUUGUUGUUGUUCCACUCUGUUACAUGACAUCGAACACAAGCGACGCUCAUCGACUUGUGCACACUGUUCCACACACACACACACACACACACACACACUCGCGUGCACACACACACUUUUUCACUCCCGGGUACCUGAAUAUAUUUCCUGUAUCUUCAUAGCAACUGUAACUUCCUGGAAGUUUAUGGUCACAUGUAACAUAACACGGAAUAAAAACAAAAUGUCUUAACAGA